UGUGGGCGAGUUCCGCAAUCGGAGGAUAAAGCUGUAGUGAUGGCUUGGCUGCUGAGCGUGCUGGUAUGUGCGUUGUCUGCGCCUGCGCAGGCGGUGGUUGGCGGCAACCCCGCCGCGCCACCUGAGCCUGAUGCUGCAGUGGUUUUCACACAGAAGCAUGGAUUCAGCGCAAGGAUUGAGGGAAAUAAGGACGACCGGCUCGGUUAUUACACAUUUAGCGGCAUAAGAUAUGCAGAACCUCCAGUUGGCCCUAGACGAUUCCAACGUCCCGUAAGAAGAUACCUAGCUGGUGAGAUCAAUGCUACGAGCAAUUGCCAGCCGUGUCCACAGAUGGACCCACGGGGAUCAGGGAGGAUAGUUGGGCACGAGGAUUGUUUAUGUCUUAACGUUUUUGCGCCUAAGAUGCCUGGGGAGGAACAAGGUUGUCCGGUGAUAUUUUUCGUCCAUGGCGGCAACUAUAGAUCAGGAUCGAUAUCGCCUUAUGGGGGCAAACACUUUGUUCAACAAGACACAAUACUAGUUACAGCUCAAUAUCGUUUAGGUUCACUAGGGUUCUUAAGCACUGGACAAAGAGAUGCAUCUGGUAAUACUGGCAUUUUCGACCUUCGCGCCGCUAUGACGUGGAUAAAUGAUUACAUAGAAUUCUUUGGUGGUGAUCGCUCGCGAAUGGUUGUAAUGGGCCAAGGCACUGGUGGUAGAGCUGCAUCCCUCCUGGGCUUAUCGUCGGAGACUCCAAGGGAGGGUCGGGCAGCUACCGGCGUAGCUGCAUUGUCUGGGGCUCCUCUGUCACCAGGCGCCGUAAAAUCUGAUUCCAAGACGCAUGCGGAGGAACUAGCGAAACGCACUGGCUGUCCGCCAGAACCAGCUGAAAGACUAGUCAUGUGCCUCAGGAAAUUACCAUAUGAGAAGAUUAUUGAGGCUGACCAAAAAAUUACAAUGAGUAUGCCCGAUACACAAGCGUUUUUGGAAGAAAUAUCAGGAAGGUCAGGUUCGGGUGUGCGAGUGGAAGGUAAAGAGGAUUAUCGUGGUCUUCCUGGCUUCGUCCAAGAGGAUCCGGGUGUAGCUAUUAAGAAUAAGCGUCAAGUUGGUCCCAUGCUGACCGGCGUCACGUCCGCUGAAACAUCAAGAGCUGUUUUUGGAAAGUAUUCGAAAUUCCUCACUGACCAAUUGUCAGCUGUCCAAGACUUCAUAAAGAAGGAUAUAAUAGGAGGUCUCAAGAACACACUGCAAGAGGUGCAAGCGUUGAAUCCCCUCAAAUUGGCAGGAGUGCAAAGCAUCCUUCCACUACCUGACUACUAUCAGGUCUUGUUUGAUAAGUCACUGGACACCAUCGAUGGAUUAACUGAGAUAGCUGAAGCUACAGGUGACGCCCUCUUCAAUUUUCCGGCAUAUCAGAGUGUUCGUGAGUGGAAGGCAGGUGCUCCAGCUCUCAUGUACAGCUUCGAGCACGUAGGCAACCUGAGCAAAGGAUCGCAUUUCGUACCUGGCAUCGCUUUAACUCAGGAUGGAGAUGAGCCUUUAAAUAACAAACCGAAGAAAGCCAAGGGUCCAGCUCAUGGCGAUGAAUUGGCCUACCUGUUCGAGCCUUUGGACGAAAAUGGGAGGCCAUUAGGCGAAAAUGUCUCACAAACCGAUGCUAAAGUGCGACAAUCCUUCGUAGGGCUGUUUGCAAAAUUCGCGCGAAACUUAAAAGCGAAUAACACAAAGGACAACAAGAUUUUUAAUUUCCUACCAUUUUCCCUGUCACCUGACGGAGAACAGUACCUGAAGAUCGGGGAUAAAAUAACACUAGAUAAAAACUUCAGGUUCUGCCAAAUAGGUCUAUGGGGAAACAUGGCGGAUAGGCUGUCUGACGCUCUUUGUAAGAAUUUCUUCGGUGAUAUCCUCAAGAUACCUGCACUGUUGCAACCGAUUGCUGUUCAAGUAGACAAGACGGGAAAUAUUCCAAUCGUCAACCAGGGCUUGGGUAUUUUAACACAGAAACCAAUGGCUAAACAACCUCAAAGCUCUCCAUUCGGCUUAGGAAAUAUUAAUCCAUUUGGAAUAUAAUGUUUAUAAAAGUUAAGGGAAAUAAAAUUUUUUGCAAACU